AAGUUCGAGGACCCAAUGUGCAAUUUCUUCUAGAAAAAGCCGCCUUUUUUCCCAAUAAAAUGCAAAACUGCUCGGCAACAAUGUCGUAUACGAUGAAGCCAUAACGUAGUUCACAGUGUUGUAUACGUAGUUUGACAGCCAUAGCUCCCUGCUGUCAUCCCUGAUUCGUGAUCAAUUUUCUCAGAAACAAGAAAUGUGGAUUUUUGGGAUAAAAGGGGAAUCCGGGUUCUCAGCUUCCUCAACAGCCGAAGAAGUUACCGAAGGGAUUGAUGGAACUGACCUCAUUGCCAUUGUUACAGGAGCCUCGUGUGGCAUUGGAGCAGAGACUGCCCGUGUCCUAGCCUUGCGUGGAGUACAUGUAAUUUUGGCAGUUCGCAAUCUAGAAAGUGGUAGAGCAGUUGCAAGAAGAAUAGUUAAAGAGAUUCCUAAUGCUAAAGUCAAUGUCAUGGAAUUGGAUCUUAGCUCCAUGGCUUCUAUAAGGAAGUUCGUGUCAGAAUAUAAUGCCUCGGGUUUGCCCUUGAACCUCCUCAUUAAUAAUGCAGGGGUUAUGGCUACGCCAUUCAUGCUCUCACAAGACAACUUAGAGUUGCAAUUUGCAACUAAUCACAUUGGUCAUUUUCUUCUGACGAAUCUAUUGUUGGAAAAGAUGAAACGGACAGCUCAUGAGUGCCGCAAAGAAGGAAGGAUUGUUAAUGUUUCAUCAAAUGCACAUCAAUUACCAUACAGUGAAGGAAUUCGUUUUGACAAAAUUAAUGAUGAAAAAAGUUAUAAUAGAAUAUAUGCUUAUGGGCAAUCGAAGCUCGCCAACAUAUUGCACGCUACUGAACUUGCAAGGCGCUUGAUGGAACAAGGAGCACAGAUAACUGCAAAUUCACUUCAUCCAGGAGCAAUCGCCACCAAUCUUCUGCGUCAUAAUGGUUUCUUCGAUGGGAUUGUUAACUGGAUUGGGAAAUACAUCAUAAAAAACAUCCCACAGGGCGCUGCAACCACGUGCUAUGUCGCAUUGCAUCCACAGGUUGAAGGGCUAAGUGGCGAGUACUUUUGUGAUAGCAAUGUUUCACUGCCAAGCUCGCUUGCUACAGAUGCAGAUUUGGCCAAGAAACUUUGGGAUUUCAGCUUGAAUCUAACAAGCCAGUAGCCAGUUUGAAUGGAUUUCAUUUUCUUCUCCUCUCUUUAUGCUUGCCUAUCUUUUACCUUUUUUCAUUGCUGAGAUUUCUGCUGUGGAAUGGUGUCUGUCUGAAACUCAUGAAUUGCAGGAUGAACUCUCUCUGUAGUGAUCAGAUUGUCCAUCUUCAUAUCUCUGUUUGAAGAAAAUGAAUAAGAUUUUACCAUUUUUUUCUA